UCCAAUUGUCGUGGAGCAUAAGGCUUUCCUUUAACGGUCGACCAGUUCACCUUUACUUAGUAGAAUCAAGCAGCAAGCAAAACAUAACGCUCUACUGAACUGAAACGGUUCGUUCGUUCGUUGUCUUUUAAUCGCUAGUAACGGUAUUUGUUUUUAAACAAUUUGAAAAAUACAAAAACUUAACUUAAUUAGCAUUUGUAUCACUCACUCACUAUACGUGAGGAAUACAUGACAAAGAAAAAGACUGCUAAUGCAUCGAAGAAGAGACAGUAAAUGUUAAAGUGUGCUGCAACUGUUGAAGCCUAGAAAAAAGGAAAUAAAUAAAUAAAAUAGAAAACAGAAAAUAAAAAUAAAAAGAAACAUCAGGUGGUAAUGUUGCUACGGUAAAGCUAAGUCAACUACAGCCUCCGACAGCAACAGCAAUAGCAAAAGCAUUUCGCAGUGACGGUAUCUUAGCGGCAGUAGUUGCAGACACACUUGCAGUUGCAUUUCUAGCACUUGAGUUAGUCUCGGAGACGUAACUCAGCUGAAUGGUUCGUCGUGUAUUCCAUAGUCGCGUUAUAAGUCGUGUGUUACGGGAUUUCUUGCUUCCUUCAUAAACUUAACGCGUAAAGAUGAUAAGAUAAAUGAUUUUUGAAAAAAUCUUUGUUUUUGUACGUAUUCAAUAAGUGAAAGGAAAAUGUUUUUUUUUUUUUUUUUUUUUUUUUUUUGUAAAUUUCUGGAAAGAGAUUUUAGACUUGUUAGCCAAGCUACUCCUAAUGGGAUGAAAUGAUUCGUAAGCAAACCAGAAACUUACUUAGAGAGAACUCUGCGUACAUUCUCCAGGAAGAAUACCUAUCGAUGUGUUUUGCGGCUAUUUGAAAAUCGUGGUUUCUUUUACAUGUAUGUGGCUUUAAGCAAUUCAAUAAACCCGCAAAUGCUUACACCCAUACAUAUUGAGCGAUUUUCAUAUGUAUGUUUGCUAGCAUUAGCAGGAACAAACAUAAGAAGUCAUGCAAAAUUGUUCAUGCAUGUGUGUAUGUGAGCCUUAUGCUUGAAUGUCUCCUUUUGCUUCGUAGCACAUACACACUUUGCAAGUAAUAAUGUAUAAACACGAGUGCGUGCCCAUGUGUGUGCAAUGCACAUAAGUAAAUCCAUUAGAAAAACCAACAAUUGAGUCGCAAAUGCAUAAAAAAUAAAGUAGAAAAGAAAAAAAUAACAAAAAUAUAAAGAAAUAAAAUAAAACGAAAAGAGAUUUCAUGUCUCGUGUGUAAAGAGUGAAUAACAUAACACGUACAUGUAUGUGUACCGCAAGAAGCAAAAUAUGCGUAUUUUCAAUGCUCCCAGCAUUUGACGUUCGAGCGGAAAUUAGAGAAAAAAAAAAAAACCAUAUUUCACAAAUGCUUUUCUAUGGUAACAACAAAAAAUCGUAUCUAACGUAAGGGAUUUUUCUCGCAUCUUUUGGUUCUUUCGAUAUACUAACAAAUGCAGAAAUAUUUGAUACACGCGAACGGCGAUCACCUGCAUUCAUUUGCAACAUAGCAAGCGAGCGCAGAAUGUCUUGCACACAAUCUUGUGCAUGAAUUGAGUUUUUGUGCAAUCUCAACAGUUUUGUUGUUUAACAUGAAACCAAGACUUUGAAACAAUAUUACAUAAUGGUUGAUGACAAGAUGCUGGCUCAAGGAUUGAUAUCCCUACGCGACAACAAGAGCUUCAACAAGCAAUUUUAUUAAACCAGAAGCAGCCACUUAUGCAUAUAUAAAGUAUAUCAUGUGCCUUUCUUUGCUUCUUACCAACAUUAACAUAAUAUGUAUGCAAAUAAAUGAAAAUGUAAAUAUGUGUACGUGCGGGUGAGCGGUAGCGAAAUCUAACCUGAACUAAUCCGUGUCGCAUUAGCUAAAAAGACAAUACAAGUGCUUUUUACAGUAAGAAGCAUAAGAAGAAUUGUAAAGCAUAAGUAUAUCGAGCAAAAGAAGACCCAAGAGCCGGCUGGCAUUUAUGAGAAACUAAGCGGAUUUCAAUGAACUUGAGCUAUACUACGAGAACACGAGCAGCAUAAACUGAUGAGGAGCAUAAAGUUUUUUUAAACGUUUUCACAACAAAAAAGCGAACGACAACAAAUAUGGUGAACAAAAAUUUAAAAAAACAAAAAAUCAACUUUUUUAAAAGCCCAGCAAGUGGUUGCACCAUUAAAUAUUGAAGUUAACAUAGGACAGGACGUAGCAGUAAAAUCAAGCCAAAGAUAGUAACAGGGCAGGACGUGUGCUUAAAGCGAGAUAACAAAACGGAAAGAAAAAAUUGUGAAAAAAGAAAAAUAAAACGAAAAAGACACCAACAACUCGAGACAUCAUCAGUUGUUAAGUAGUAGUAGCAACAAAGACAUAUAGAGAGAUAUCAAUAGAUUCCAUGCUGGUUGGCUGUUUGCCUGGUUGCAUGAAUCGCUGCUCACCAGUGCAUUGUAUUGGCUUAAAUAUUAUAAGAGGAAUAAAGAAUAUUUGCCGCUGCUGUCUACUAUUGAUGAUGAUGAUGAUGACGAUGAUGAUGAUGAUGAUGAUCAUGAUGAUGCUAUUGCUCUGAAUGCAAAUGACUAUCAGUAACGUCAUGUAUACAACAGUACAACAACAUUCAUGGACAAUUGUCCCAUGAAUAUUUGAUAAGACUGAGGCCAAAUUGUAGCAAAAGAAAAGCUACCGAGAAGCGAGAAGAGAAGGCUAACAGUAGUAAGCCAACCACAUUACUUGCAACAACAAGAGCAACACACAGAAUUGUAAAUAUCAUACAAUACAUUAUAGAAGACAUGUGACAAUAAAAAGCUGCAGCAUAACAUUAAAGGAAAAUUUUGAAAAAAAAAAAAACACGAAGCAAAAAGAAAUGUUAAGCACGUUUAAAUAAAACCGAGCAAGCAUUUGGUUUCCUUUUGUCAUAAAGUGCACGGAAGCAUCAACAGUUUAUGCAAAGAUUUUUCAACUGAUUUUUUUACUUGUAUUUGAUUGAUGUUGUGCUUCCCCUUAGCGAUUGAGUAGCUUAACAUGACCGACCUGAAGAGAUCACUCGACGUUGGUCGCGUGCAUCAAACAACUACAAAGCAAAACUGUCAUGAUGCUUAUCGGUCCAGUUGCAGUUCGACGCCAGAAUUGAAAAGCAAACACAAUUGUAAGAAUAAUAGCCAAACUAACGAAAUCGCAGACUACCGCAAUCCAUUAUUGCUUACGUUGCAAGAUCAUCCCCAUAUGAGUAGUAACAGCGGCGGUAGCACCAGCAGUACAGCAAUCGCUGCUACUAUCAUAGGAUGUCCAGGUUAUAUGAAUGGCGUUGCAGGCGCCGAAAUUCAGUUCGAUGAACAUGAUAUCUAUUAUGUUUCGCCUUCGAAAAGAAAAUCUAGUCUUAGUGCUUGUCAAACGCCUAUAAUGCGUGGCUAUGAACGUUUAAGGUCGUUCAGUCCCACUUCGGCAACAGCAACUAUAGUACCCAGUUAUCCGCCUAUAAUGCCGUCGGCAGCUUACGGGGCCCGCAUCAGUGGUGCUUCAGGACAAAAUUUCAGUUUUGAAAGCAAUGAUAUAUCUGCCCACUAUUCCGAUACUGCAAUGCAAGUCUUACGAUCUGGCAGCUGUUCGGCUAUGGGUUCUAUGUUAAAUUCAGCGUCAGCCAAUAAUAGUUCAACAAGUAGCUUAGCCCAACAGCAUUUAGCACCGAGUCAACGAGGCCAAAAUAAUGUCACCUUCUCGAAUCACAUUAGCGAACAACGUGCCAGUGCAGUGACAACGCCACAAAAUCGCGGUUCUUUGCGACGCAACAAAGGACGCAGUAAUCAGUCCUUAUGUAGUUGUGAUGCUGGCGCUGAGACGGAACUUAAUCCGGAUUUUACGCGGCCUUUAUACCAGUACAGCCUGGAACGACGACACAAAACUCAUACAUACACAUGCGAACAAAAUGCCCAGAUACUAAUGCGCAUAGAGCGUGAACGCAAACGGAAAUUCUCACUUAGUGGUAAUACUGGCAGCGAUAUUAUCGUCGGCGCUGACGCUAAGGAUGACACAGAGAAUGAUGUUUCGUAUUUGUCGGACGUUGAAACCAUACCACCCGUACCCCCGCCACCAGCCUUAAAGCGUAACGGCAGCAUACGCAGUUUACGUUUAUUGCAACAGCACUUCCAACAGCACAUGUCAACCAGCAGCUCUAACAAUACCACCAUCACUACCACCCAAAGAUCUUCAAACGCCCCUUAUAAUGGCAUUAAGGUGAACAAGAGUAACAACAGCCAACACACUGGCAAUAAUAAUAGCAAUGGUUCGAUAGUAACUUUAUGUAGCGGUGAUUUACUUAACGACUGCAGUAAAAGUGUCCACGAUAUGCGUGCGGUGAUUGACGACUGUACCACUUCGAUACUCAAGUGCGCCAAUGCGGCAGUUGGUUCGGAUAUUGCGUCCACCGCCAGUACAACGACAAACGGUAGCUAUAAACCACAAGUGGCUACAUUGGCCACCAUCACAGCUCAAGGCAAGCCAGAUGUAUGUCACGUAACAACUGCCACCGCGUUUGGUAACUGUCCCCCACCCUAUCGCUUUGUUGAUGACGAUAUAGUUAUACCAAAGAGCCAGAAAGUCGAUCCCGCUUUAUGUUUUUUACACAAGACACCUACUGGUACGGUGGGUACAGGACCACCAUUGGGUUUUGUAGACUUACAGCAACGCACAUCACAACGCGACUUACAAUCAAUGCAUAAAAACAAACACAGCAGUAGUUUAAGUCUUAGCAAAUACAAUACAAUCGGUCCGAGUAGUGAUUAUGCGCGUCAACUGGCCAUUUACAAUCAGCAGAUGCUGGGUCAGCACGACCAGUCGCAGCAAUUGCCACUUCUUCCCCCCUCUUCCAUAGGUAAUGAUAAAGAACCGUGUCGCUGUUUCUCACAAUCAUGGUCGAAUUUCUCGCAUGACUCCACAUUACAGCAAAAGUCAUGCUCAAAACUGCACAUCAACUAUGACAAUCAGCAUCAUCAUCAUGCUCAGCAACAUCAACAGCAACAACAACAACAACAACAACAACAAGACCAUCACAUUUUUCAUACCUCAACAAAAAGAACAGCAACAACAGGUAGGGAUGAAAAGAUAGUGCGUCCUUCGAAUAGUCGUAGCUUUACAAAUUUAUUGGAUUUUGAUAACUGUUACGAUGGUCAUCAUGCUGCAACGCAUCAUAAACAUCAUUUAUCAUUCGGGAGAUCCAAUAGCGGCCUUAAAGACAAACUCUUACAUGGUCAGAUAUCAUCAUCAAAAAUGCAACAACGCUAUCAUAAAGAAUUUCAUUGCGAUAAACAGGAGAAUAUCUAUUUAAGAUCUCCGGGCUCGCCAACAUCACUGCACGUACAUCAUAACGAAAAACAUCGUCGUCAAAAUUCGCCUCAUCAUCAUUCUAGUUUAAGCAGCAUAAUGCCAUGGAAACAUCGACCGAGUCCUAGUCGUGGUUCGUCCAGUUCGGGAACGAAUUCGUUUCGAUUUGAUGUUGCUAAGCAUUGGUUAGCAGUCAGUUCAAUACUUUUAAUAAUUGGCGCUGCUAGUGUUGCUGUACCAUUGGCGUUACGUGUGGCUGCAAGUGCUCCAUUUGAGGAACGCUUACGUGUUGCUUUGCAAUUAUUGGAUCAAGUGCCUUUAAUUGAUGGGCAUAACGAUUUACCCUGGAAUAUACGAAAGUUCCUGCACAAUAAACUCAACGACUUUAAUUUCAAUGAAGAUCUACGCAACGUAAUGCCCUGGGCCAGAAGCCAUUGGAGUCAUACGGACUUAACGCGACUGAAGAAGGGUAGAGUCUCGGCACAGUUCUGGGCUGCCUAUGUGCCAUGUGAAGCCCAACACCGCGAUGCCGUGCAAUUGACUUUGGAGCAAAUAGAUGUCAUCAAACGCUUAACCGAUCGUUACGCCCCACAGCUGACAACGUGCACCUCAGCCCAAGACAUCAUUGAAGCGCAUAAAAAUCAGCAGUUAUGUUCAUUGACGGGAGUGGAAGGCGGCCAUUCAUUAGGUGGUUCUCUGGCCGUUCUACGUACUUUGUAUGCUAUCGGUGUACGUUAUAUGACACUGACUUCAACCUGUCAUACGCCCUGGGCCGAUUCCAGUUAUGCCGACGCACCAACCUUUAACGUCAAGCACGGAGGCUUAACGAUAUUCGGAAAGACAAUUAUACGUGAAAUGAAUCGUUUAGGUAUGAUGGUCGAUUUAUCACAUGUAUCGACAGGCACAAUGCGUGACGCGUUAGAAGUAAGCGAAGCCCCUGUGAUAUUCUCUCAUUCGUCGGCCUAUGAAUUGUGCAACUCAAGCCGCAAUGUACAGGAUGACAUGUUGCAAUCAUUGGCAAGAAACGGCGGUCUUAUUAUGGUGAAUUUCUAUUCGAGAUUUCUAUCGUGCAGUGAAAAUUCCACGGUGCACGAUGCAGUCGCUCAUAUAAAUCACAUUAAGCGUGUCGCUGGCAUUGAUCACGUAGGUCUCGGUGCUGGAUACGAUGGAAUCAAUUUCACACCCAAAGGACUCGAAGACGUGUCAUCGUAUCCCACCUUAUUCGCUGAGUUAUUGGGCGCGGGUUGGUCUAUCGAAGAUCUUACGAAAUUGGCCGGAGGAAAUUUCUUACGCGUUCUGCAACAAGUAGAGAAAAUACGUGAUGAAAAACGCGCUGCCAAUGUAAAACCAUAUGAAGAUCAUCCGAAUUUUCGUGCCGAAGAUCCUUAUAAUUGUACUUCCAGCUAAUUGCAUACGAGAAUGAAAGGACUUUCAUAAAAGGUUGUACACUAAUUUGCUUUAGCGUUUAAAUUCAAAUUCAAGGCUAACCACAGUUUUGUACGCCUUUUAGUUUAAAAUGAUUUCUAUGGAAGUAACAACUAUUAGAUAUAAGUUUCACAAAUAUUUUAAGAAUUUUUUUUUACGCAAUACGAAAUGCGGAAUGAUUCCCUGCUUGACAUUCUCGACUGAUCUCUAUAAUCACGUUAUCAAGGGAUUAUUAUAUUACUACUCUGUUUGCUAAUUCCGUGAUUCCUUAAUUCACAGCCAGACCAAGGAAUUCAAAUCUACAUCAAAAUUGUUCAGUCAUAGUGAGACCUAGAAGUCCGUUUUGUUAUAAGAAUUUCAUCAAAUUAUUGCAUCACCAAAUCGUUGAUCCAUCAGUUAGCUGCUCGAUCUACAAUGUGACACGUAGCCGCCGGUCUCUUUUGUUGCGAUGUCCGCGAGUUCAACUCGUAAAGCACUUAUUCGCACCGAUCUCAACUUUCACGGCAAGGAGAUCUCCAUUCUUAUUUCCAAAGAAAUAAACUGGCGAUGAGACUACGGACUCAAAAACGACGCAAAAGGGCUGCCUUUGCGGGAUGUAAAGUUUUCUAGUAAAUCAUUUCUCUAGAUUCAACGCACUGGGCUGUUAACAUAGAAAAAAUUUUCGAACGAUUAUUUCCGAACGAUGAUAUUAAGACUUUUUUUCAAUGUGUUAGGUAUUGUCAUGUCGCUGUUAUGGGAAAACCUUCUAAUAGAAUUAUUGAUAGUGGUUAUAUAUCGAAGACCACGCAAAGGUCCCCGAUCAAUGAGAAGAACACCGAAUAUCGUCAGGAGUAGCUCAAGCGUCCGCCAAAUAAAUCUUCUGUUCUAUCCUUUUAUCAAAGCUAUCGGCCCUUAUAUUCCUUAUUAUCUGUGUCCACAAUCGCAAAAUUUUAUACUUCUCUUUUAAACUUUCUGGAACGUAAAUAUUUUAUAUGUAAGGGAAUUAUUCCUACUUUCCGAGAAUGCCUUCUUUCCUUUCUUCAUUUUCAAAAAAUUCAUCUACACACAAAUACAAAUUUUUUUAAUAAGUUUAAAAUUUAAUUCUUCCUUUUACCGUCCCUUUAACACAUG